GUUCAAUACCAGCUGUUUCCUCAUUUGAGCUUUCAGAUUCAUCUCUACAGCGCCACCGUUACUGCAUAUCUGGUCGUCUUUUCCGGCGAGUCAAAGCGGCGAUUGUUGAACGGUGGAGGAUUAGAUCUCUGUGCUGCUGGUGAAGCCGAUCGAUCGGGGUUUAGAUGUCGUCGUCGUACUGGUGUUACCGGUGUACGCGGUUCGUUAGGGUGUUUGCCGACAACAGCGUGGUGUGUCCUCACUGCGAUAGUGGAUUCAUCGAGGCGGUGGAGUCGGCGCCGGCCUCGCCGGAAGCUCGGACGCGGUUUCCGAUGUGGAGUGAUAGAUCCGACCCCGAUCGGACUGGGAACUUAGGGCUAAGACGGAGCCGGCGCAAUCGGGGGGAUAGAUCUCCGUUUAAUCCGGUUAUCGUUCUGAGAAAUCCGGCGGAAGGGGGCGGGGAGGAGGGCGGAAAUGGAGGAGAACGGAGUUACGAGCUGUAUUACGAUGAUGGAGAAGGGUCGGGGCUCCGGCCGUUACCACCGACUAUGUCGGAGUUUUUAAUGGGGUCAGGGUUUGACCGAUUGCUUGACCAGCUGGCGCAGAUUGAGAUAAACGGGUUCGGGCGACCCGAGAACCCGCCGGCGUCAAAAGCCGCAAUCGAGUCGAUGCCAACCGUCCAGAUCGCCUCCACACACAUAAACUCCGAUUCACACUGCGCCGUUUGCAAAGAAGCCUUCGUUCUCGGCGCGGAAGCUCGCGAAAUGCCGUGUAAGCACAUAUACCAUCCCGAUUGCAUUCUGCCAUGGCUGACUCUUCGGAACUCCUGCCCCGUCUGCCGCCACGAGCUGCCCGCAGAGUCUACUGACGAUCAGAAUUCCGAGCAUUCCAACCACUCACGAAACGAAGAAGAAGCAAUCGGCUUAACCAUCUGGAGAUUGCCGGGAGGAGGGUUCGCGGUGGGAAGAUUCUCCGGAGGGAGAAGAGGCGCAGAAAGAGAGCUUCCAGUAGUAUAUACCGAAAUGGAUGGCGGAUUUAACAAUGGUGUUCCCAGAAGAAUAGCUUGGAGGUCGAGGAGAAGAAACAGGCGCCGAGAUGGCCAUGGAAUCACUAGAAUUUUCACUAAUUUCAUGUCUAUUUUCCGGAGAUUCAGAUCAUCUCCUCAGUCAAUCACAAUAAACUCCAGUAGCUCUGAUUCAUCCAUGUCGGAAUCAUCUAUUUCUCGUAGUCGCAGCGUUUCAGCUUCAUCAGUCUUCAGUAGAUACUUGCGGAGGAGCAGCAGAAACUGGGUUCCUGAAGAGCCCAAUGGAAUUUCCAGAUGAAGUGGCAAGGUUUCUUGAGGUUGCUGAAGACAGUGUCUUAGGAUACCACACCCUGCUCUUCAAAGCCUGGGAUACUAAAAAAAAGCACUUUUUGUAAAAUGAUGAGCUUUUGUCCUAGUAUUCUUCUUUGCCAUGAAUGGGCAUCCAUGUUUUUGCCUUGGUGGAUGGCACUUAAUUUCAAAGAUAUGCUGUCUUUUUGCCAAGUAAAGUCACUAACUUUAGCAUGAAAGGAUGUGCCUUUGGUUGAAGAAUCAGGUCGCAAUUCAUUUAACUCCAUUGACGCUCCGGAACAGUAUGUAUGUAUCCUACCCUUUACUUGUCUCA